AGUGUUGUCUCAUGUUUAUCUGACUUCAACAACGCGAGAAGAAGAAGAAGAAGAAGAAGUGUCACGUUGCGUCGAAAACAUCAAUCUCGCUCAUUCCGCUGUGAUCCUAUAAUAAGUGAGUGAAGGUAAAAUGGGGCGUUCUUCUAAAGACAAGCGAGAUAUAUACUACAGGCUGGCGAAGGAAGAGGGCUGGAGAGCGAGAAGUGCCUUCAAACUCCUCCAACUGGAUGAGGAGUUCAACCUUUUUAAAGGUGUUAGUCGUGCUGUGGACCUGUGUGCUGCACCUGGGAGCUGGAGUCAAGUCCUGAGCCGCAAACUCCGUGGAAAAGACAAGAGUGAAGAGGUCAAAAUUGUGGCAGUUGAUCUGCAAGCUAUGGCUCCUUUGCCAGGUGUCACACAAAUUCAAGGAGAUAUCACCAAGAUUUCUACAGCUCAGGAGAUUAUUCGACAUUUUGAAGGACAGUCUGCAGACUUGGUUGUGUGUGAUGGUGCCCCUGAUGUUACAGGACUUCAUGAUGUAGAUGAGUACAUUCAGGCACAGCUCUUGUUGGCGGCUCUCAAUAUCACCACACAUGUUCUCAAACCAGGUGGCAACUUUGUUGCAAAAAUCUUCAGGGGGAAAGAUGUGACCCUUCUGUACUCCCAGCUCAAGAUCUUCUUCAGCUCUGUAACCUGUGCCAAACCACGCAGCAGCCGCAACUCUAGCAUAGAGGCAUUUGUGGUGUGUCAGAAUUACUCUCCACCUGAGGGUUAUGUGCCCAACAUGUCCAACCCUUUACUGGAUCACUCUUACGAUGUCGACUUUAACCAGUUAGAGGGACCAAACCGAAUAAUAGUUCCUUUCCUUGCUUGUGGAGAUCUUAGUGCCUUUGAUUCAGACAGAACUUAUCCACUUCAGCUUGAUUCUAGUAAAGAGUAUCAGUAUUUACCACCUACCCAGCCUCCGAUUCGGCCUCCCUACCAGCAAGCCUGUCAGCUCCGCAAGAAUAACCUGUUAGCCAAAGAGGACUCGCCCUCUGGCCCGCUUGAUGAUGCCCUGUCUGCUUUACAUCUCAGCACAAGUCCGGACACGAACUCGGCCACAUCAGGAACCUCAGACUAAUGGACAUUAUUGAUUUGUACAGCUUCUGUUUAAAUCUUUUUAUUGUUUUAUCAUGAUUGACCAACAUUUAUUUUUUCAGGGUUUUAACCAAAAAAAAGCUUGUCACUGGAACAUCUUUACAGAGCCCAGCACAUGACAUGCGGACAAAAAUACAUUGUGGCUGUGAGUUAAGAAUUUGUUUUCUUGUUUUAGUAAAUCGUGGCCACUCUGUACUUAUUUCUUUCCUCGUUUUAGUUAAAAUAUGGCCAUGAAUUAAGAAUUUGUUCUCAUGACUUAAUUCGUUCCCUUGAUUUAGUAAAUUGUGGCCACUUUGUACUAAUUCGUUCUCUUGUUUUGAUUGAACUAAAACAAGGGAACAAAUUAUUACAAAGUGGCUACGAUUAGUGUUUACGAUUAGUAAAACGAGGGAAAGAAGUAUUAUAUCAUGCUCAUGAUUUAGUAAAACGAGAGAACGCAUUAGUAAAAUGUGCUGACAUACAGUAUUAGUAAGUUGUGGAAACGAUUUAAAUAUUUUUCCCCCUGCAUGUCAUUUACACCAAAAAAGGCCCAUAG